CAGCCACAAACAACGGUGGCACUCCUUUACUGAGGAAAGUGAGAGCGAGCACGAGAGAGCUGUGGCCUGAAUCCUGAUGGCUUCCUUAGGAGACCAUUCAUGUCUCUGAAAGUUCCUUUGUGUCUACAAGACUUGUCCAAUGUAGAGUGUAUUCUGAAUACCACCUUCCUGGCCCACAUCUGGAGCCCUUCAUGGCCUAGUGCUUCUCGAGUGCCUUUUGCAAUGGGAGCUGCACACAAGCCAGAGCCAGGGACAGGAAGCAAGCUUGCACAGUGGGCAGACAUGAAGCCAUAGUGUGGUUCAGAGGCUGAAGCGAUCUUGCCACCCAUCACUCCUCACUCCUGGUUUGAUUCUGCCUCAAGGUCUCCUUCUGGUGCCUCAGGGAGAACAGGGGUUCCACAGGAGCUGAGAGUGAUGCCUGGGUGGACAUCAGGCUGGUUCCUGCUUUCUGAUGUGACUGGGAGACUGUUGUGUGUGCCUCUACUGAGAUGAAUUUGCUUUGUUCUUCCACAGAACCGAGCUUGCAGAGUCCCGGACCUGCUGCCGAACCACAGUCAGAACCGAGCUUGCAGAGUCCCGGACCUGCUGCCGAACCACAGUCAGAACCGAGCUUGCAGAGUCCCGGACCUGCUGCCGAACCACAGUCAGAACCGAGCUUGCAGAGUCCCGGACCUGCUGCCGAACCACAGUCAGAACCGAGCUUGCAGAGUCCCGGACCUGCUGCCGAACCACAGUCAGAACCGAGCUUGCAGAGUCCCGGACCUGCUGCCGAACCACAGUCAGAACCGAGCUUGCAGAGUCCCGGACCUGCUGCCGAACCACAGUCAG